UCCAUAUCGUUAAUUGCAUUCCUUAGAACAGUGCUUUGACUUGCCAGGAAUUUUUUCUCCAGACGAAAUGGUGGUCAGUUUGUGAGGUUGUUACCUUUCUGUGGAUAUUUUUAUUGUUGUUGAAGUUUUUUGUUACUCUAUUUAAUAUGAAGUUUGAAGUCGUUGUGUGUUUGUGCCUUUUAAGCUUUGCUUUAGCAAUGGACAUUAAGAAUGCCGCUGAUAAUAAUAGAGGUUCUAGAAAAUUAUUUGGCGGCUACCGGAUAACGCCGCGUUUCUGCAAGCCAACGAGAAAAGCGACAGAUGGCGCUCACGGCCCCAGCAUAUGUAUGUUCAACCACGAAUGCACGCAAAGACAAGGCCAAGUGGUCGGGGCCUGCAUGGACGGCUUCCUAUUCGGCGCCUGCUGCCUGCUACCUGCCGGUACAACAGGCGAACUGCUCGAAAGUGAUCUCUCUUCCAUAUCGUCCAUCGAUAAUAAGUUAACCACCAGGCCUGGUGGUUUUUCUGUCACUGGUAGACCGCAAAUCAGCUCUACCGUGGAUAUUACUUCGAGUGGUUUGUCGCAGAUAGCCCAGUCUUUGCUGAAUUCAGCCGCUAUACCCACAGCACAAGACAAUGCUGUAGUGCAGCUAUCAGGGGAUAACUCAUUCUUCACGACAACUGGAAUUACCCACCCUUCUCCUGACACUAUUAUUGUAAACCAACAGGAUAAUGAGAUUGUAUCGACAUUCUUCACACCUUCAACACAACCGCCAAUAGAUAAAAGAACUACAGUUAGGAUGGAUCAAACAACAACAUAUAACCGUCCAACAAAUCUAGAAUUAUCGAUUUCCAAUGGCCCUGCACUGUUCUCCACCCCAAAACCAAUAUACUCCUACAAACCAAGCAAACCAAUGUUCCAUCAACGACCCCCUAAACCAACCGAUGAUCAAUACAUUCUAGUGCCAACAAUAUCGCAUGAAAACAAGAAAAACACCUCGCAAUCGGAAUUCGAAUCGGUGGUUAACAUAAUGGAACUUUUAAAUAAAACCCACGAAAUCGCCCGAACGGUACUAAAAAACCUCCCACAACUUCGUAUGUGUUUAGUUCCACCCCCCUCACGUAGACCGAGUAUUAGCACUGCCAAUCCACCUUCGACUAGUUAUGUGUUUAGUACCACAGUACCGCCACGUAGACCCAUAUCCACGACCACCACCCGAACUAAAACAACCAGUAGAAAAACUAGCAAACCCAAGACUAAAAAACCAACGACGAACAACCCUUUUUAUACGACGAAGAAACCCCCAUCUACGUCUUACGUUUAUAGUUCCACCCCAACAAGGCGCCCACCUUCUGUAGUUGAUACCCAUGUAGCUGGCCCAGGUUUCAGUGUGACUUCUAGCCCUGCGUCAUCUUCAACAGGGCAGUAUUCGAGUCAACCUAGCCCUGCCCCGACUGUCAUAGUCCUUAGCCCUCUUCCAGAUGAAGACAACGAUGUCAUAACAACUAAACCCAUACAAAAAUUACCGUCCAACUAUCAACCUAUUCGACCAUCAACGUAUCAAGCUACAAGACCCACUGGUACCCCUAAUAGAAAGCCUGUAAAUUCUGUGAUCGUUAAUAAUCACGUAACUCAAAAUAUUUACCCUCACACAAGCGAGCGUCCUCAACCAACAGUCCUGAUUACCCCCAAACCAAGUGGUACAACAUCGAGACCCACAACAGACUUAAUAACAGCACCAGUAGAAGUAGAGACAUCAGCAGAUGAUCUAAUUAACUUCCCCCCAGUCAGAAACCCCAACUUAAACAUGUCUAAUCCUCUAUUAGGUGACGAAGGUGACAUAACCACCCCAUCUUUCAUUGAGGAUGAAGCACUUAACACCCAAAUGGAAUCAUUCGUAAACAAAAUCAUACAAGGUUUGCAGGAGCCCUUCGAAGGGCUCAAGGAAGUAGUGUACAAUAGAAACAAAACAACUUCCGGUAGUGGUAAUACUACCAAGAAACCUGUUAAGAAACAAGAAUGCGGAGUGCGGCCUCUGGUAAAAACCGGCAGAAUCGUGGGAGGCAAAGGCGCCACAUUCGGGGAGUUCCCCUGGCAAGUGCUGGUACGCGAAUCGACGUGGCUGGGUCUCUUCACCAAAAACAAAUGCGGCGGCGUCCUCAUCAGCAACAAAUACGUGAUGACGGCCGCCCAUUGCCAACCGGGAUUCCUGGCCUCCCUCGUGGCCGUGUUCGGGGAGUUCGACAUUUCCGGCGAGCUGGAGACCAAACGAUCCAUCAGCAGGAACGUCAAAAGGGUUAUCGUUCAUAGGCAGUACGAUGCGGCUACGUUCGAGAACGACUUGGCUCUGUUGGAAUUGGAGCAGCCUGUGAAAUUCGAUAGUCAUAUAGUCCCGAUUUGCUUGCCCCACCUCAGCGAAGAUUUCACAGGUCGAAUGGCGACCGUCACCGGCUGGGGGCGGCUCAAAUACGGCGGCGGCGUCCCUUCCGUCCUGCAGGAGGUGCAGGUCCCCAUCAUGGAAAACAACGUGUGUCAGGAAAUGUUCAGGACGGCAGGACACAGCAAGGUCAUACUCGACUCGUUUCUCUGCGCUGGCUAUGCCAACGGACAAAAGGACUCUUGUGAGGGCGAUUCCGGCGGACCACUAGUGCUGCAAAGACCCGACGGCAGAUAUCAGUUAGCAGGCACUGUAUCGCACGGGAUCAAGUGUGCUGCGCCCUAUUUACCAGGCGUCUAUAUGAGGACGACAUACUACAAGCCCUGGAUUACUUCGAUAACGGGGAUAUUCUAAUAACACCAGGAGGCUUAGAUUGCAUUCUUAUCUCAUGUUUUUCGUAUGUAGGUUUUUUAAAGCGUUUUAAACGACUUACACUUUGAUCUUACGGUUGAUUCGUUUUAUAAAUUGGCUUAUAAAGUAAAACAAGA